CGGUCAGAGUUGUCACGCUCGAUCCAAUCGCUCGUUCUGGGUGUCGCAUAUCUUCGUGUUUGCCAUUCAUAUCUACACUACAGUAGUUGUGGUGGAGGUAUUGCGGCGAGAAUCAAGAUAACACACCCAUCGCCGUUCAGUGGCUAAAUGUUGAAUGUUGAUAGCACUGGUAAAAUCUAUCAGUGUUGAUACGGCUGCUCACUAACGAUGUCGGCGGUGGCGACGACGGGACGAUUUCUGGCAUGACAUAGUCGUGUGUUGCAUAAUCGAAAGUAAGAAAACGCGUGCGCGAGAGUUGCAGGCAUUUCUAUAGUGUGUAAUAGAAAUCCCUUUUGCUGCACUGUCCGUGACUGCUGACGACGAGACGCAGGUCAUAGGACACACUCUACAACCUUUUGCUCUUUGCGGAGUGUAAAGUACGUCUGUUGGAGAAGCUUUCGAGUGCAUAAAAGAAGAAAAAAACGGCUACGAGCUCUAUCGCCGUCACCACAAGUCGACUUCAAUUUGUUUGCAGUAUUACUUUAUUAGUCUGAAGGACGACUUGCCGGUUUCUGUUUGUAAACCGGGAGCAGGUGUCGGGUUUACGAAGUUGCCCUGGCAGUGAUUUGCGACUGCCAGCCACACACACCGAAGGCGGUCCUGCAUUAUAAAUCAGCUGUUCAGUUCAAGUUUAUGCAGGGUAUCACACGAUUAGACAGCCACACUAUUCCUUCAAAACGAUACCGAAGCGAAUCAACAUCAGCAGAACGACCGGGCGCAAUGUCUCGCCGCAAUUCAUCGAGCUUGCAACGUAGGCCAUCCACUAGGACUACGUCCGAAACCUGAAAUCAGCGCUAAGAAAUCUAUCACCAUAGUUGUUGGUGAAGUGAAUCAAUCAAAUGAUGAAGUGAAGGAUUAGCAUUACAGUGAAUCACAUCACAUCCGAAUAAUCUUAUUUUUUAACUACGUUGCCGCGAGUGAGAAAAAUUAUCAGAAAAGUGUUCAUUGAUUUAAAACGCGAAAAGUGUAAUCGCGUUUAGGAAAACACAUCACCAGUUAGAACAGCAGAGCAGAAAAUGCUGAAUUCCAUUUCGAAGCAUCUGCUGCACUGCACGUUGCUCAUCACGUUGCUUAUAGUGUUUGAAGUGUUUUCCGGUGGAAUAAAAAUCAACGAGAAUAGUUUUGUGGCGAUCGAUCCCUGGGAAGAGUACGGCACGAUACUGACCAUUUUGCUGUACACGCUGCGAUUGCUUACAUUCCUUACGUUGCCCCAGGUGCUGUUCAACUUUUUUGGAUUAGUAUUUUACAAUGCCUUCCCGGAAAAGGUAGUGCUGAAGGGGUCGCCUCUGUUGGCACCCUUCAUUUGUAUUCGUGUCGUAACCCGCGGUGACUAUCCCGAUCUAGUCAAAUCGAACGUCAUGCGAAACAUGAACACCUGUUUGGAUACAGGAUUGGAAAAUUUCCUCAUCGAAGUAGUGACCGAUAAACCCGUGAAUCUGUCGAAGCAUCGACGGACCCGGGAAAUUGUUGUGCCCAAGGAUUACAAAACGAAAACCGGUGCAUUGUUCAAGUCACGGGCAUUGCAAUACUGCUUGGAGGAUAGCGUAAACGUACUUAACAACAACGACUGGGUGGUGCAUUUAGACGAGGAAACCCUACUUACGGAAAACAGUGUCCGCGGAAUCAUCAACUUUGUCCUGGAUGGAAAACAUCCAUUUGGGCAAGGAUUGAUAACCUACGCCAACGAGAAUGUGGUGAAUUGGCUUACAACGUUAGCCGAUAGUUUUCGGGUGUCUGACGAUAUGGGAAAGCUUCGGUUACAAUUUAAAAUGUUCCAUAAGCCAUUCUUCAGCUGGAAGGGUAGCUAUGUGGUUACUCAGGUCCACGCAGAGAAGGAAGUCUCGUUCGACAACGGUAUCGAUGGUUCGGUAGCCGAGGAUUGUUUCUUCGCUAUGCGCGCUUUCGCAAAAGGAUACACUUUCAAUUUCAUCGAAGGUGAGAUGUACGAAAAAUCCCCGUUCACGCUUUUGGACUUCCUGCAGCAAAGGAAACGUUGGCUGCAAGGAAUUCUACUGGUAGUCCACUCGCAUACCAUUCCUCUGCGGAACAAGCUCCUAUUGGGAAUCAGCGUCUACUCCUGGGUGACGAUGCCACUUUCCACUUCGAAUAUGAUCUUCGCCGGAUUGUAUCCCAUACCAUGCCCAAAUUUAGUGGACUUUUUAUGUGCAUUCAUCGCCGGCUUCAACAUUUACAUGUAUGUUUUCGGGGUAAUCAAAUCAUUUUCGCUGUACCGAUUUGGAGUGGUGAAAUUUCUCGCAUGUGUUCUGGGGGCCCUGUGCACUAUUCCGAUCAAUGUGAUCAUAGAAAAUGUGGCCGUCAUUUGGGGAUUAGUCGGCAAGAAGCACAAAUUUUAUGUGGUGCAAAAAGAUGUAAGGGCGCUCGUUACAGUUUAAUGUGGGAAUCAUGCUUAUUUAAGCCUUAAGCGGUUUAUGAUAUUUACAAAAGCCUAUUUCCCCAUGAGUAUGGCCAGGUAAACUACUUUAGUACACUAUCGGAAAAUAGGCUUCUACGAAUCCAUAGAUUUUUUUUGCGUCAGAGGAAAAGUAAGAUUAGAGGUUUAGCUGUUUACCUUAUGUAUAUUUAGUAGGUCUGUUUAGUAUUUUUAACUAAAAUACCAUAAAAGUUUAUGUAGAUGUUAAGGUCACAGUCAUGUUUAUGUUGGUUUAUGUCAAAAAAAAAUACAUCACAUGUUACAGGAACAGAUGGUUUUCCUUAUAUCAUUUUUGCUUAUUUGGAGUGGCAAUAAGUUAGGAGAAGCUGAUCAGAAAAUAAUAAAAUCAUAUCUGGAGA